UAAAAAACAAAUAAACAACUUUCCGACAACGAAUGUCAAAUCUGCCAAACCUCGGAAAAUAUGACGAAAUUAUGCUCAAACUCAUUCUAUGUCUCGCAACGUUUUUCAGUAGUAUAAUCCUGUGUCUGCUGUUGAUUUCUAUGAAGCUGGUAGACUUCUCACAGGUAGUAGAGGAAUUCAAAGCCACGCAUUAAAGGAUGCUAGUCUCCGACACUGGCGUGACGGGGGGCAAUGAGAUCUUCAUCAAAGUCGUCAGUCCUGAGGGGCAGACAUUCACGGCCUACUUCUCCGAAGACACUCUCAUUGAGGAGGUGAAGAACAGAGCGAUAGAUUUCUUCUACCCGACCGGGGAGACGGGGGCCGGUCGGUACAAAAUCGUCAGAGUAUUCGACACAUCAACUUUGCACGACUUCCUGACGUUAGCCCAAGAGUCUGUGAUGAUGCAGGAAGAACUACUCCUCGUUGAGAGACGGCUGCCCGAAGCUGGGACGCUCUGGGACCUCGGCACUGUCAGAGCUCCCCAGCACGGGACCAUUGCCGCCGCGACAGCGUCUCUACCGACUCCCACGAACGCCAUGCGGCAACCAAACCUCCAAUCCUUGUUAUCAACCAACGAACUCUCCUAUGAACUGCGCAAAAUUCUUAUAUCCUUGAUCGAAGCUGGAGCGAGACUGGCAGCGUCCGGCAGGAACUAUGAAAUGACGCUCGCACAGCUCACUGCGGCUUUAGAAGAACCAAGACGAGCUCAACCAGCCGUCAUCCAGGUCAUAACUCCUGAGGAGAUUGCAGCUCGACUGAACAUGAACGCUGACAUCCAAUCAGUCAUUGAGGACCCCCCAAAUCCGACCAAAGCAGACGGCAACGAGCUGUAUCGUCGCGCGGAACACUUACAACGAUUCCUGGAGAAGUUUCGGGAAUGGCGCAACAAAAUCGCUGAACCACCGAACCCUGAAGCCAUCACCGCUCUCAAAGACCUUGGGUUUUCUUACGAGGAUUCUGAUAAAGCGCUACGAUAUACAGGAUGCAACGUCCCAGCUGCUGCUUCGUACCUAAUCGGAGAGCGUGGCUCGAGUAUCUUUGAACUUGUAAACGGUCUACCUGAUGGGUUAAUCCUGCAGACUUUACUAAAACAGCCCCAUAUUCAACGCGGGCUCCUGAACACGAGGAUGCUGAUAGCUUUCAUAGCAAUGGUUGGACAGACUGGGAGUGCUUCCCUCUGGCUCAACUCUCCUCACGGGAGUCCGUUACUCUCUCAGAUAUCAAGGACGUAUCACUCUGAGAAGUAUUGUUUGGCUGUCAAUCAGUUUUCUGAAGAACGGCGCGAGAAUGCGAAUGGACCAAAGGUGCCAAAGUUGUACUGGAGCGGCGGCGAUGUGAUCUACGACAACGGCUUCGGGUGCUACGCGCAACGCGGCCGCGCCAUACCCAUCGGAGCUGAGAACUAUCACUUUCCGCAUUCUAUGGCUGGUCUGCUGUCCAUGCGAGUGACGAUGGACGACGAGAUGUGCGGCAUAUUCAACAUCACGUUCAAACCGCUGCCGCAGCUCGAUCUGCGGAACGUGGUCUUUGGGAGAGUAAUCCGUCCAAGCACAACAUACAACAUUAUAAGCCAGCUGGGCAACGCCCUGAGCUCGCGACCCAUCAUCGAGGUGAUAUCAUCGCGCCGCAAGCAGGAAGGGCGGUGGAUCGUCGGUCAGCCCAAUACGCGGCUCGCCAGCAGAUCCGCCGGGUUCCUGAGGAAGAUGCUCAUGUCGUAGCUUUGGUUUUGUAGU